UCACAGCAGCGGCGAGAGCAGACCCUCUAUCGGAACUCCGGCCUCCUGUUGGAAAAAAGAGAUACCCAGGAGCACAGUUGAAAUCGAUUUGAAAGGUUUAUGCAUAGAAUAAUAGAUUGGAAUGAGUUAUAGUGGCUGCAUUGAGCUUCCAGUGUUGUGUUAACAGAGGCUUCAGGAGCUACGACCGGAGUGGUGGACAAGGGCCGCAAACCAACUUGUAAAAGCGAGGGUGCUUUACUGUGCUGGCAGUGUAGUGACCGAUUCCAGGGGCUCCGAAAUAACGAGACCUGCGAUGGAGCCGGUGCACAAGGUGGCGCCUGAGCCCAAGCAGAGGAUAUCCACAGUCACUUCGCCACUGAGAGCCGCCUAUCGCAUCCGCCACAAGUACCUUGUCAUGAAGAAGAGGCGGGUCAGCACGGAGCAGCGCGAGGCCGGGGACGGGGAGAGGCUGGGGGCCGUGGGGGACAGCUGGCUCCCCGCCAAGGGGCAGGAACCAUCGGGACGCAGCAUCAGGAACAGGGCCAAGGCAGCCGAGUACUUCACCUUUGAGAAGGUCCCGGUCAAGUCCUCGAGGAAACGCCGCUCACAUAAAAAGUGCAAGGUGCUGUACCCAAACGGCAGCAAGAAGUACUUGCCCGAGGAGAAGAAAAGCAAGGCAAAAUACUGCCUCUUCCUGCUGAGUAUUAUCGUUUUCUUCCAAAUAUAUAAUGCCAUCGAGAAUCUGGAUGACAAUGUGCUAAAGUACGACCUGACAGGACUGGAGAAAACACUUAAGAGGGAGGUCUUUGGGCAGGCGGUUGCUAUUGACAGUCUAAUGGAUCUGCUGAAGGACUACCUGGCCACCCACAUUCACAACAAACCGCUGGUCCUGUCCUUCAAUGGCCCGAUCGGGGUUGGGAAGAGCCUGGUGGGGAGACUGCUCGCCAAGCACUUCCGCUCGGUUCUGAGCGACGACCUGGUGUAUCAGUACUUCGUGCUGCAUCACUGCCCGUCGCAUGACAACAUCACCAGCUGCCAGCAGGAGCUGGCGCUCGGCAUCUCGGAGAUGGUGAACCGGGCUGAGGAGGAGGAGAAGAUCCCCCUGCUCAUCUUCGACGAGGUGGAGUUCAUGCAGCCGGCCCUGUUGGACUUCCUGCACAACUACUUCCAGCCCAACCAGACCAACGAGUUCCUCAAUGUGGUGUACAUCUUAAUCAGCAACUACGGCCAGGGCGAGAUAACCAAGUUCGUUCUCCACAACGCUUCAAGUGGUGUGACGAGACAGCCAGCCAAGUCUGAGGAGCUUCUAUUCAUUGUCCAGUCUUCACUGGUCCACAUUCACCCACUGUGGAAACAUGCCGACAUUGUCCCCUUCACCCUACUGGAGAGGGACCACAUUGUGGAGUGUUUUUUAGAAAAGAUGAUGACAGAAGGAUUGUACCCAGACACUGCCCACCUGGACAAGCUGUCCAGAGAGCUGAAUUACUAUUCCGUUGGGGAGCACCAGUACGCUGUUCAAGGCUGCAAGCACAUAGACUCCAAAGUAAACUUGUUACAUUGACGGCCAGUCUGAGGCUCAACAAUAACACACGGUCUGUCAGGGGUCAGUGAAAGACAUCUCGUGUCACUGGGUCAGGAUCACCAGGAGAGUCUCUGGGGUCAUUCAGUCUGCUCUCUCUGGUCGCCCCAGUGUGUACGUUUACCUGUAGGAAUGGUCAACAGCGCAGAUGGGUCGGAUGCUCACUCUCUGCACUAAUUCUGACUGGACUACUUUACAGACUUUGAUUAACUUUGUGGGAAGGGAGGGACAGUUUGUGAUGCUUCUGUCCACUGCUAAGUUUCUGUCAAGGAAAAUAUCUGUUGAUACUAAAAUGAAGUAACCAUUUCAAAAGCAAAGUGAGUGGAUGUGAAUAUUGUGCCUCAGGCCAGUGUCUGUACUGAAUCUGUGUUGAACUGUACAACAGUGGCCAGUCUGUCGGUGUAGGCACUGAGUCUGUGCUGAACUGGAUAUGGGUGG